GCUUCCAGUCAGUCCCAGUUUGGAUCGGCUCUGAUUCUCCACGUAUCGUUUAUGUUACAAUGUUUAAAUGUGACUCUAAUAAGAGAACAAUAACCGGUAGUUAGCGUUAACUAACAAUAACAGUCCUCGCUAGCAAGUGUAUGGACUAGUGCAGAUUUGACAAAACUAAAAAAUGGUUCAACAGCACACACCAACGAUAUGAUGUGACAAUUUGGUUUGAAACGUCUAGCAAGGAGGAGCUGGAGGAUAAAUUGUUGGUGUUGUGCUUGUUUAUAUAAUAAAGAAAGUAGCUAGACUACUCUAGGUUGGUUUAAGGCUUUUUCAACUGUAUUCUUCUCAUCAUAAUGUCUGAAGUCAUUCACCAGUUUCAGUCACAGCUGUCCGGGGUCAUGGAGACCGUUUUUAAAGCUGCCAUAUUUGAGAUCACCCGUCUCGUGGAGGAGAGUUUCGUGAAGGAAGUGUCCCGUAGUCGAGAGCAGGUAGAGACUCUGAAGAAGAGGCUCCAGUGGAGCGAGACCAGACGGAAAAAUCAAGAGACGAGUGUGAGGAGUCUGAGGUGUGCAGUGUGUGACAAAGCCCGUGUGUGUAACGAGGAAAAAGAAGAAAUGCCACCACAAUCAGAAAAUGAUCGCAGCCUCAAACAGGAGAAAGUUCCAGAUGGGAACUGGGGAAGCUGUGAGUUGGAGUCUGACACCCUUUUGGGAAAAGAGAGGUUAGAAGACCAAACCAGCUCCAGUAACACAACAGAGCCUGCAAGCAUAGAGAACAGGAAACUGGACUGCGUAUUGAAAGAGGAGUCCCUUUAUGUCACUGCCGGUAAUAAAGAGCUUCAGGAUGGGUGGACGUUGGAUACUGAAGGAGCUGAGACAUCAGAUUUCUCAGCUCACAGUUACAGUGAGCAGGAGCUGCAUCAGAUUCAGGAAGAGUGGAGCUCUGGACUUGAUCAGACUGCUGACAAUGAGACUUACGGAGAUAUCACAGACGUCCAGGGCCUGGCGUAUCCAGCACGCUAUGACGCAGAAGAGCUAGCGAGAUACAGUGUGCAUGAACUGGAGGUGGGAGACCUGGACGGUCUCGGAGAAAGAACUUUUGACAUGUUGGGUAAUUCAGUAUCGGUUGCGGUUGGGCCUGAUCAAAAUGACCUGGACCAGGAAGUUGGGAGACAUCACAGCUCUUCCAUUAAGAGUAAGAGAGGAAACAGAGGAUCUUUACCUGUGCAAGUCAGCCCCCAGACAGAAGAUGUGGAUAGAGACAUGCACUGUUUACUUAUUAAUGCAGAUGGCCACUUGCAAGACAUAAAUUCCUUCACUGAAGUUCGCAGUGGGGUUGCAGGAGGUGCUGGUCAUAGAGGACACUCACUGUAUGUUGGGGACACAACAAGUGGCGCAGUUUAUAAGGGACAUGCAUUGAAUCACUCUCUGAAACCUAAUGUUGGACAAGCGUUAGUCGACAGCAGGGCUUCUGUGAACGCCUUCCCGCUCUCCCACCGAGUCGGUUCAAGUGCCGCAUACACUUGUAACCAGUGUGGUAAGAAGUUCACUCAGGCCUGCAACCUAAAAGUGCACCAGCGUGUCCACCAGCGGGAGGGUCUCCACUUGUGCAGCCACUGUGGGAAAGGUUAUUCGUCCUUCAGUGACUUGCGAAGACACAGAUGCAGUCAGACCGGAGACAAGCCCUACACCUGCACACUAUGUGGGAACAAAUUCAGCCGAUUGUGGAAUCUCAAGCUGCAUCAGCGUAUUCACACACAGGAGAAACCACACAAGUGCACUAUGUGUAGUAAGAGCUUUACUCGGGCCGACAUCUUGAAAGUCCAUCAACGUACCCAUACAGGAGAAAGACCAUAUUGCUGUGGUAUCUGUGGACUGAGCUUUAAACGACUGGAUCAUCUCAGGUCACAUCAGCGCAAACAUAGUGCUGACCAGAACAAUCCAUGACAAAAAAAAAUGCAUCAUACAACCUUACAGAGUUGUUUGGAUUAAUAAAUUGUUGAGGGUCAUAAAACCAGACUGGACAUUAUGAUCAGACAGAUGUUUGCCAUAAGUCAUAACAUUGUUGCAGUGGCACCUCCC